CGUCUUAGCCAGCAAACCAACAGUACAAGACUUUAGGGACUUUGGUACACACCUUAGCAAUUGUCCCUUCUGGUGUGCCGUCCCGGAAAGGCUUCCGUUUCCAAAGCAACAAGGAUGCAAAAGCUGCUGGUUCACACUUCACAGGCCAGAAACUGGGAUUUAAUUUACUAACUGCAGUAGUAAAUGAACCAUACAGUAUAAUUAUAUAUGGGUUACAUUUGCAAUACUUAAAGAGCAAUACAUUUUGUUUCAGGUGAUGAACGAAAUAAUUCGCAGCUGAUGUCAUUGGCACUUUCCACAAAACACGGCCUAAAACUAAAACAACGUCAGGCUAGUUUUCAACAGAUGGUCAGUGAAAGCAGGUGACUAUUGGGAUCUCCAUGGCUGCUGUGACCUCAGUGCAGUAUUUUACUGAGAGGUUCUCUCUAACUUGCAACAAGCCAGUGUCCCACCUGCAGCUGGCCUGCUGUCCUUCUCACUGUGCUGUCCCAUGGCAGGACAAGAAUAUAAGAAUUUAUGAAAACAACAACCUGGAGCCUCCCUUGGAACUCACUGGUCACCAUGGUGAUGUGUCUGCCAUGGCUUUUGGGAUGGUGACAGAUCGUCUCCUCCUCUGUAGUGCUUCUGAAGAUUAUGUUAUCGUCUGGGACAUUGAUCGCUGCUACACACAGAUCAAAGAGGGUGGAAUUGCCUCAGGUAGAGUUGUUGGCACAUUGCUCGGCAGGGUGGUGCAUCUGUCACUGUGUCCACUGAGCGCAAAAAUGGCUGCAUGCUCUGGCUCCAGAGUGUUUAUAUUGAAUGCAGAGAGAGAGGAGGCACCUAGGGUUUUGAAAGCUCAUCUUGGUCCUGUGACUGCAUCAGAGUUCUGUCCAUGGGACGUUAAUCUUCUUGUCUCAACAUCAGAAGACAGAACAUUUAAGGUUUUCUUUUUUUUAUUAGGUUUUGUAUUCUUUGAAUCUGCUGUCCUAUCAGCGUAUCCACUGCUUAGUCUGUUCUUCAUGGAGCAAAACAGUCAGUUCAUCACAGGGUCUGGUGACGGACAGCUUUGGUGCUACACUCUCCCUGUGGACCACAAAUGCCGCUUGGUAACAAAACUGGACCUUUCGAAGCUUGAACAGAAGCAUGAGAGAAACCUCAGAAAAAACAUCUCACCUCAAAUUAGACCAGAUGGAGCGACUCGUAAUGAUGUGAGAGGAACAGUGGAGACAGCAAAGCCUGUUCUGAGAAUUUGGGCACAGAAACUGCACUCCAGUCAUACUAGCCUGAAGCAGAGAGGAAGUUGUGUGUGGAUCGGAAGUUCUGAUGGACUAUAUCUGCUUGACCUGGAUACUUCAGAGCUUCUCAUGAAUCUUCCACUCAGAGGUGACCUAAGCAUUUCAAUGGCAGGGUCAUGGGCCAUCUCUAAUGAACUUGGUGGCAAUAUGUGUUGUUUGGUGACUUCUCUAUUUGGGACUUCAGUAGCCCUUUUAGAGGUUAACAGUGCCAGGCUGGAUGAGCUCUGCUUUAGAAUGGCGACUGGCCUCUCUGUGGAUGAGCAACUUUCAGCUGUGCCCAGUUCUCCUCUGAUGACUAUGUCCCCUCUGAAUGCUGAGCUGGCAAAACAUGGCCCAAAACCUCAGAGAAAAAUCGGUGUGAGCUGUCAGAAGAGUGUAAAGGAUCAGCCUUUGGUUUUUCACACACAAGUGAAGUCAUCAGGAUACAAUACAGCUCCUCAUAGGACCAUGUUUAGACCAAAGACCAAUGUUAAGAAGAAAAGCAUCUCCUCCGCAACAACUAUCACAAAUACGAAGUGCCUCUUAAGUGAGUAUCCUUCACAUUUUGAAGCGCCAUGUAUGCCUUAUGCUCAUUUGACGGUUUCCACAACUCCAACCCUUGUCAGCUCUCUACAGUACUCAGGAGAUGGAAAGCAGAUUGCGUGUGGCCUUGGAGACGGUUCUGUUUUGUUGUACAACUCUUCACUCACCAGCAACCCAGCUGUCUACACAGGGCACAGUAAGGCUGUGAACACUGUAUUCUGGAGUCAAAGUAAGCGGUGGAUUUUGAGUACCUCUGAGGACCCCGCCCUUUGCAUCUGGACCGCAAAUGCUUCUGAACCUGUUCUGACCAUGGGAGUUGAACAGUUUGCAAAGCCCAUCAGAAGUGCACAGUUUUAUUAUCUGGAUAAGUUUUUACUGCUGGCAUCAGGAUCAAAUCUAAUGCUGUACCUUUACCAUCUGGACACCACGAGAGAUGACAUCAAGAGGUAUAAGCAAAGAAGUAAGUCUAAAUUAGCCAGUAAGUUCAGCAUGAAAUCAGGAACGGACAUCUCUUCAGUGUCAGCCAUCAAUGACUUCUACUCCUAUAUCGUCUUGGCUGCUGGUGCUGACCAUACCAUCCAGGUGUUUGAUAUGAACCAGGGCUGUAUGGCCACUCAAAUCUCUGAUGCCCACUGUCGGGCUGCCCACCACCUCACCCAGAACAAGGGAUCUCCGUUCUGUACACAGGCCUUGGAAUCAUACAAUCUCUUCCUGAGCAGUGCAUUAACGGAUGGUCUGAAAUUGUGGGACCUGCGCACUGCAAGGUGUGUUCGCCGCUAUGACAGUCAUGUUAAUCGCUAUCACCACUGCACUGCGGUCUUCUCACCCUGCGGUCGCUUCGUAGCUACUGGCUCAGAGGACCAUACUGCCUAUAUAUAUGACACACGCAGCAGCAACUUUCUCCAUAAACUGCCGAGGCACUCUGAAACGGUCCUGAAUGUGGCUUUCAACCCUGCCAAUCCAGAGCUGUUGACUGGAACACUUGAUGGAAAACUGGCUUUGUUUCAUCCGCCCGAAUCUUCUCUCCCUUAAGUGUGGGAUCUACCCCAACGGCUCAGUUCUUACCCCAAGUUCACCAAUGCUUCAGACUAAUGAAAGUCUUACAUCAGUCACAUUGAGAUUACUGUGCUGGCGUGCCACCUCUGAGACCUACAUCAUGGACGGGAUCUGUGAUUUCAUCAUUUCAGCUGCCACUGACAACCUACAGAUGUGACAACAUGCUCACGCCCUCAACCGCGAAGCCAAAGACGCACCCUCAGACAAAUGAUCAUUUCAGCUUUACAUAGCAGCACGUUCCCAUGCACUGAUACACAUACUGUACACACACUAUGUUUAAGCACAGGUUCAUAUGUUUAUUUGAUGUGUAAUGUUAUUUGCAGCAAAGUGAUAAUAAAGUAGUAUCUUGAUUGUAAAUCUUCUUUUCAGAAUGGCUUUUCUAUAAAAUGUACUUUACAGUAAUUUGAGACCCCCAAUGAUUUUUUUUAAGGUCCUCUCCUUGCUUUGCUUUGAAUGAAGGUGGAUGGAAGAAGAUCGUUUUUAGGCGAGUUUAUGUUUUAGGUUUGGUUUUGCAUAAAUGAAAGGCUGUACACCUGAGCAACUUCCCAUUAUCUUUCACCAGAAUCAAUAGAGUGAUGAGGGCUAUAAAUGACAAAAUAUAUGUAGACAAGACAACUCAUGAUUCAGUAUGUAAAGAGAGGCUCUUUGCAAUACAGUGUGCAAAUAUUGCAAUGAUCUCAUCAUUAUCUGUUACAUUUUGAUAUUUCAUUCUAUGGAAUUCAAGGGCAUCCAAAACUGUUUGGUUACCAACAUUCUUCAAAGUAUCUUCUUUUGUGUUCCACAGGUUUGGAACAACGUAAAGAACAGAGAAUUUUCAUUUUGGGUGAGUUAUCCCUUUAAGAUUAUUAUAUAAAGCUAUGUCUACAUUAUUCAGGAUUACAUUAAAAUGUUCACUAGAUGUGGACAAAGGCAUAAUGAAGUUAUAAAUUCUUUUGGCAGGAUUUUUUUUAUCUUUUCAUCUUUGCAGGAAUGUGGUAUGAAGAGUAUACAGAUUUACAUAUGUGACACUGGACACUGGACUGGACUGGACACCAGUCAUAAGGGUAAUUUUUUUUGAAAUUGAGAUUGAUACAUCAUCUGAAAGCUGAAUAAAUAAGAUUUCCAUUGAUGUAUGGUUUGUUAGGAUAGUACAAUAUUUGGCCUAUUUGGGAUGCUCAUCUGAAAGCAAUACAUGUAUUGUGUCUAUCUGGCGCCAAGAGUGAUAGACCAAUAAGUGAUAGAGAAGAAUGUAGAGUCUUUAAUGAUGGGUGGUGUCCACUACAACUGCUGGCAGCAUUUCUGCAUCAAUAACUUUUCUGAGGUCAUUCGGUUCUCUGCCCGUUUAACAACUAUCCCAUAGAGCAGGGGUGUCAAACUCAGUUCCUGGAGGGCCGGAGCCCUGCAGAGUUUAGUUCCAACCCUGCUAUAACACAUACCAUGUAGUUUUCAAAUAAGCCUGAAGGACAUGAUUAGUUGGAUCAGGUGUGUUUAAUUAGGGUUGCAUCUAAACAGGAAUUGAGAUUGACACAUUUUGCGACAGUUCAUAUUGACUCUCUUAAUUGUAAAUGUUAUACCUUAAUAUUUAACUGUAUUUAUGUACAGCAAAUAAUAGAUUUGCAUAAAAAUGUGCAAAUUCUAAAUGUGAAUGGAAACAAUUUAGCAGUUUUUGUUCAUUACUAUGAGUCAUUACAGGAAAAUAUUUUCACCCCAUAUGACUUCAGGCAAUAGCUGAGGCAGUUUUGUAGUGGUUUUAUGUUUGAUCUCUACUUUUGAAUUAAAGAAAAACAACAACGCUUCAACUCUCUCUAAUUGGGUUUGGCUGCUUUUCCUAAACAAAAAAGCUGUGCACUUCUAAUGGUAAACAGAGUGAUGUCAAAUAUGGAUGCACUUAACUACCUCACGAUAAUCUGUUUCUGUGAAUAACAAAUUCUGGGGAAGUCUGUGUGUGAGCUACUUUCAGAGACCGUGUUUUUACAAAUAUGCUCCAAGUGUAUGACAGGAUGCUGAAAACUUGCUUUGGUGAUGUGUGAAUAAAUUGAGAUUACUGAAUUGGC